AGGCGGCGGCGGACGGGGCGGUGAUUGGUGGAGCGGGGCGGGCCCGGACGUGAGGCGGUGGCGGCGGGCGAUGGAUUUCGGAGACGGCGGUGCCGCGGCGGCGCCCGGGCCGGCGCUUGGCCGGGGCGGCCUGGAGGCGCUGCAGCACACGGUGGGCUCGGUGCUGUCCAGCUAUGGCUGGUACCUGCUGCUGGCCGCCGUCGCCGUGUACCUCCUCGUGCAGAAGGUGUCCCGCGGGCUGGCGGCGCGGUCGAGCGGCCGGCCCGGAGCGGCUGAGGCGGCGGAGGAGCCUGAUGUGGUGGUAAGAAGGCAGGAAGCUUUGGCAGCAGCUCGCCUCAGGAUGCAAGAGGAGUUGAAUGCACAAGCAGAAAAAUACAAAGAAAAGCAAAGACAGCUGGAGGAGGAGCGGCGACGGCAGAAGAUCGCGAUGUGGGAGAGCAUGCAGGAAGGAAAGAGCUACAAAGGAAACCUGAAACUGAAUCAGCAAGAAGUAGAAUCUGGUGCCUCUGCCUCAGCAGUCCCGAAAUCUAAACCAAACAAGAAGCCUUUGAGAGGAGGUGGCUAUAACCCCCUGUCUGGAGAAGGAGGAGGGACGUGCUCCUGGAGGCCCGGCCGGCGGGGCCCGUCAGCAGGUGGAUGAGGCUAACAUCCCUAGUGUCCCCUGGCACUAGCAGGCUUGAUCCCACCCCUGUCCCACUGCCUGCAGCUGGCCUGUCACAGGCACUCCUUUGGGGCUGGCUUAGUGCACUUGUUAACUUAAAACAGUUUUUUGUUUGUUUGAUUUACACCGUUUCCAAAUUGUAACGCAUUGGCUGAUCCUAAACCAGAAAAAUAGCUGAUCCUUUUAGAGGGGGCAAAGAGAGAAACAAUUUCAGCAUAAUCAGUUCAUUAUCACUCUUCUGUAGAGAGGGAGUGUAGUCUCCAGCCAAGGUGAAUCACCUGGGAUUGUGAGAUCUGGGAUUUCUGGCAAAUUUCAUUAUCUAUGCUCACGUUACCUCAGUAAGAUGAGGAUAUUUACCAUCCUCAGACAUGUUACCAGAUUUACCUUCCAGCUAAACACAGUCAUUUAGAGAGGAAGGAUAUUAUCAUUGGCAGACACCUUGAAUUUAGGUAGAGGGACUUCCAGAAAAAGCACAGGUGAUCUGACAAAUGCCACGGAUUUGCACCAAAGACCAGUUACUGCAGAAGAGUCUCUGUGACAAGCCAGCAUGAAUGAUGUUUUCCUUAUAAAUGGUAAACAAACCAGUGAGGAUUACUGAUGCUAGACAGCAGACAGGGGGUUCUUGCUAUUCCUUUUUUUUUCCCUUUUUUCUUUUUUUUUUAUUUCAACUGCUUUGUAAAAACAAUACACUAUUAAUAUUAAAUAUAAUUGCAAACAUCAUAAA